CAGCAGCGAGGAUGGAGCCCGCCAUCAGCUGGUGCAUGAUCCGGCCUGUAAGAGGAGUCCUCGGGCACAGCAGUCGCGCCUUAAAUCUUGGCCUCACUGCAUCAGUGGACCAAGGGUGGCUCAGGGCAGCGCUUCUGUGAUCGUGAAAACAAAGAAUAGGGAAACCAAGUCCAGGUUUGCAAAUCUGAGACUUUCUUUGGUUGGUGAUUUAAGGUUUUAUUGCAGAGCAAAAUGGGAGAUGCUGAAGCAGGCAAGAAGAUUUUCGUUCAGAAAUGUGCACAGUGCCACACAGUGGAGAAAGGCGGGAAGCACAAGACAGGGCCAAAUCUCUGGGGCCUUUUUGGCCGAAAGACUGGACAGGCACCAGGGUUUUCUUACACGGAUGCAAACAAGAACAAAGGUGUUAUCUGGACAGAAGAAACUUUGAUGGAAUAUUUGGAGAACCCGAAGAAAUACAUCCCUGGCACUAAAAUGAUUUUUGCUGGUAUCAAAAAGAAGAGUGAGAGAGAAGACCUUAUUCAAUAUUUAAAAGAGGCAACAUCCUUAUGAGUAUUACAGCUUCAAAAAUAUGUUACCAAUUUCAAAUAUUGUGUUUAGUAAGAAGCAUAUCUGACUUUUUGAUCAGCCUAAAGUAAUUUUAACAUGUUAAAAUAAAGGUUGAUAUUUUUGAUUGUGUA